AUGUCAAAUUGUUGGUCAUUAAGAAAUGAAAUAGUUGCUAGUGAUGGAUUAUUAUAUUUUAAAAAUAAGCUGAUAGUAGCUAGAGAACUAAAACAGUUUAUUAUGAGUUUAUUACAUGAAACACAUAUAGUGAUAACUAAAACAGUUAAAAGAGCUAAAACAUACAAUUAUUGGCCAGGAUUGAAUUCUGAUAUUGAAAAUUAUAUUAUUAAGUUUGAAUUAUGUGCAAGAUUUCAAAGAAAACAAUCAAAAGAGUUGUUGUUAAAUCAUAAAAUUCCAAAAAGAGCAUUUGAAAAAGUAGACAUAGACAUACCUGAUUUUGGAGGUGUGUCUUAUUUGAUUUUAGUUGACUAUUACUCAAGAUGGUUGGCGGUCGUAGAGAUAUCUGAUAAAACUGCUGAAACGAUAGUAAGUGUGCUCAAAACAUUGUUUAGUAGAUUUGGUAUACCUAAAGAAUGUAUGUCAAAUAAUGUUACUUUUAAUAGUUUAACUUUUAAAAAAUUUGCUCAAGAAUGGGAUUUCAAAAUAAUAACAUCUAGUCCUAACUACCCACAGAGUAAUGACAUGGCUGAAAAAGGUGUUGGUAUAUUUAAAACAAUGAUGAGGAAAUGUGAACAAACUGAUCAAGAUACAAUCGUACAAAAAAUGGUAAGAUCCUUAGAAGAACCUCUAAACACCUUAAAAAUAAUAAUACAGUAA